AUGAAUCUCAAAAACAUUUUGUUAAUUUUGGGUGUGGUUGGUUUUGCUAUGUGCAUGCCAAUUGCUGAAGAAGGAUCAGCUGAAGAAGACGAUACCGGUGACUCAGAGGGGAAAACAACUACUACUGAUAAAGGAACUACGGUUGCAGCAGCAGCACCAGCGGCAGCACCAGCAACAGCACCAGUAACAGCACCAGCGGCAGCUCCAGCGGCACCAGUGGCACCAGCAACUGUACCAGCAGCUGCACCAGCAGCUUCAAAACCAGCCGCUGUAAAACCAGCAGCCGUAGCAAAUAAAGGUGCUAAAGAGGUCAAAUCUAAAUCUACAGGAUCAGAAUCAAAAUCUGUUGCAGCUAUUCCUAAACCAAACGAAGUUGCAGGUGAACAAGCAGUUGCCGAAGGAAGUGAUGCCCCAGUUGCUCCUGCAGUAGGUACUGAAGUAUCUAAAGAGGACAAAAAAGUACACGCUAGAUGUCAUCAUCAUUGUCAUUGCCAUUGCGAACACGAACAUUGCGGACACCACUGUUGCCAUGAUCAUGAAGAUCAUCACGAUGAACAUGGCCAUUGUCACCACCAUCAUUGCGAUCAUGAUGAUGGAUGUCACCACCACCAUCAUCAUUGCGAUUGUCACCACGAUUGCCACGGUUGUCAUCAUGAGCAUUGCCACGAACACCACGGUCCAUGCGGACAUCACUGUUGCCACUGCUGCCACGAACACCACCAUAAAUAA